GAAAGGCUGGCUGCAAUGCGUUCAGAGUCACUGGUCCCAGGUACUCAUACACCACCCAUCAGGAGAAGAAGCAAGUUUGCAUCAUUAGGGAGGCUGUUUAAACCAUGGAAAUGGAGGAAGAAGAAAAGCGAAAAGUUUAAACAGACAUCUGCAGCUUUGGAAAGAAAGAUUUCCACGCGACAAAGCAGAGAGGAACUAAUAAAACGAGGAGUCCUGAAAGAAAUGUUUGAGAAAGAUGGAGACAUGCCAAUACAUAAUGAAGAGGAGGUAAUAGAGAACGGUCAGAUCCAGUCUUCAGAGACGGAGGAAAGGGUGCCUGAGCCUGUGUCAGGUGAAGUCGUAGCAGACAGUGCAACCCUCUGUACAGAAUCAACAGAUAAGCCAGCUGCUGAAGAAAGUCCCACAGAUAAUAGGACAUUAGUCCCUGAGCAGGAUACAUCAGCUAAACCACAAUUGCUACUGCCUUCUAAAAAGUCUGCAGCUUUUCACUGUGACAUUGAGGAAACCCCUGCAAAGCAACAAUCCUAUCCUAAACAACCCCCUGCCCUACCUCCAAAACCACUAUCGAGGAUUGCCAACCAUAUCGCUGGUUUCCCUGCAGCCUACACCAUACCUCGACUGAGAAGGCAGACAGACAGGCAGGCAGCCUACUCCCACGACUCUACCGUUGGUGCUUGUAAAAGACCAGUGGGACACACGAGAGUGAUCCGGGACACUGGCCAGCCUGUGAAGCUGCCUUGUAUGCCACCUGUGAGGCUAUCACCCCCUCUACCUCCAAAGAAAGUGAUGAUUUGCAUUCCACCACAGACUGCAGACUCUCCACCCAUGUCCUAUUCUGUCGUGCAGAAAAUCUCCCAGCAAUCUUCCGCACAGCAUCAGUUAUUGCCUUCCCAGCUUGCCGCUAAUCAGCACCAGCAGUUAUUUGGAGGCUCCCAUUCUUCAUUGUUAACCGGUGGACUACCUACCCAUCCAGCAGUAUCUACUAGUAAAGUGAUAGAAGAACUCAACAAGACUUUAGCCUUGACAAUGCAAAGGCUCGAAAGUUCUGCACUGUAUACUGGAGAAAGUGGAACAAAACCAGGAAAAAGCAAUACACCUGACAUUAGACAAGUGCCAACAAUAGUGGUUGAUUACGAUGAUGACAAAGAAAAUGUGCCUAAUGAAUCAGACUAUGAAGACACUUUCAGUAUGCAUGGGGAAGAAGAUGAGGAUGAUGAUGAUGAUAAUGACGAUGACGACGAUGAUGAUGAUGAAAUUGAUAAUUUUUUCACAAGUUCAUUAGCACUAAAGAUUUGCAGGAAAGACUCUUUGGCAAUAAAAUUGAGCAAUAGACCAUCAAAGCGCGAGUUGGAGGAAAAAAACAUUAUUCCUAUGCAGACAGAUGAAGAGAGACUUGAAAUGAGGCAGCAAAUUGGAACAAAGCUGACAAGGCGAUUAAGCCAGAGGCCAACCGCAGAGGAACUGGAACAACGAAACAUCCUGAAACCAAAAAAUGAACAGGAAGAAGAGGAGGAAAAGAGAGAAAUUAAAAGACGGCUGACACGAAAGCUUAGCCAAAGACCUACAGUGGAGGAACUGAGAGAGAGAAAAAUCCUUAUCCGUUUCAGUGACUAUGUGGAGGUAGCUGAGGCCCAGGAUUAUGACAGACGUGCAGACAAGCCAUGGACAAGGCUAACAGCUGCUGACAAAGCUGCUAUUCGUAAGGAAUUGAAUGAAUUCAAAAGCACUGAAAUGGAAGUGCAUGAAUUAAGUAGGCACCUAACAAGGUUUCAUAGGCCCUAGCUGUUUAUUGUGUAUAACCAUGGAGUCUUACAAAAACCAGAAGUGCUAGGGCUGUACAAGUGCCCACUAAACCCUCCAGGGCAGAACUCUUCUUAAUUACCUUUGUGUAUCAGAUAUUUACAGCAAUGCAUAUUUUCCAGUUGUCUACUAAUCUGCUGACCUUCAGGAGUUACUGUGUUGCUCCAGAUCAGAAGUGCCACACCCGUAAGCUGCUGACUUCUAAUACCAUUAUUCAGCACUAUCUCCCAUUGUUAAUUGCACGAGAUGAUUCAAAAGGAUGAAAUCUAAAUCAGUAUGUGUGAUGGAGCUGAGACAACACAGUACAGUUAUUUCUCUAAAGGAAUGCCAAGUUUCUCUGCUGUUAAUGUUACUGAACUUUUACCAUACUACCAUUCUUUGGACCCAAACUCAGCCAGCUUGCAUAUGUAGGUAUAGUUGGCUAAAUUGCAUCAGUUUAUCAAGCAUUGGUUGCAGGUUCAUCAGGUUUGCUGGAAGGGGCUAUAUCUUUUAUGAUAAAUAUAUGCUACAUAAAAAUAAAUAGGUAGCAAUUGAAAUAAAUGUUUAUGUAAUAAGCUGUAAUACACCUAACCAUGUUCUGAUUGAUGGAACACAAAUUACCCCUGAAGAUAGUCCUGGACUGGUAAAUGAAGGAGUUUCUUCAGCACACAGAUUAUAUGUUUUGGAACUUCAUGUAUGUAAGGAGCUUCUCUAUGAAUACAACUUGCUGGUUGAGCAGAAUAAAUACUUACAAGUUACUAAUUUUAAAAAGCUGGAUAAGAGUAAUUAUUGAUUUAUAACACUGUUAAGGUUACAGAGGCUGCACCAUUUAAUAUUCAAUCUGAUUCUAUUUUCACAGUUUGGAGGCAAAUUUUACCCUAGGCAGUUGAACAAUUUACAGCUUAAUGCAAGUUUAAUAGCCUGGUCAUAGGAGAAACCAGUGAGUGCUCCUUUAGCUUGAGAAAAGGCUGAAUGUAGGCUGGUGAAAGAAAAGGCCUGUGUCCACAGUUACCUGAUGACAUCAAUUUGUAUUAUAUAAGCUGCACUUUUCAAGGAAGACACUUUACUUUUGCCCAUAUUAAGUGCAUAAUUUUGUAUACGAAAGAAUUGAAUUGUGGUGUAAAUCAAAUGAGACAUUCAUGUAUACAUAGUGAAGUAUAUAUAUGAAUAUGUACAAGUCCAAGGAACACUUAUGACAGGGUCACAGCUACCAUAUAUCUCUGCUCUGGAUGGAAUGUUUUCUAAUAUGAAGUACAGCAGCCAGCUAUACAUGCUUAGUUAUUCUAACAACCUUAUCCUGUACGUUGUGCCAGUUUUGCCUUUGACCCCAGAUGCGGUGACUGUAUCAGUUAGAGGCCUUUAAUCUUAAUCUGUACCUAACUCGGCUAAAGUCAGGAUUUUAAAAUUAAGACAAACUUAAAGAUUUAUUCUAAUUUUUCUAUUAUUCCUUACGCAUAAUGAAAGGGAAACUCUACCCUCAUAGAAUUACAAAGAAUGGAAAGGUUCCAUUCACAUCAAGGUUCUGUUUUAAAGCUGUAAUUACCCAUCAACCAGCAGCAUGGUGGCUCAGUGGGUAGCAUUGCUGCCUCACAGCGCCAGGAACACAGGUUCGAUUCCUUGGGUUGCUGUCUGAAUGUUUGCACAUUCUCCUUGUGUCUGCAUGGGUUUCCUCCGGGUGCUCCGGUUUCCUCCCACAGUCCAAAGAUGUGGAGGCUAGGUGGAUUGGCC